AUGCCCGAUGAAAGCAACUCUGAGCAGGAAGAUGCUCCUUCUCUGGUCAAACUUGCCAGAAAAAAAUCAACUUGCGCCCAGGAGGAGAUGCUUCCGAGGUGUGCUUCCGACAAGAUGCGCUCCCCAAGUGUCUCUGAAGAGAUGCUUCCGGCCUGCGUUUUGCUGACAACGCUUGCUCCGAGUGACACCAAGGAGGACAGAACCUCCACUCCGGUCAAGCUGGCUGGCAGUCCCACCUUCAAGAAGGUUGUCCCAGUCUUGCGCACUGCCCGCGCCAGCCCAGCCAAGGACCUGCCUCAGGAGCUUGGCGUGCUUGGCGGCAUCCUUGACAAAGCCGCACACUCUUGCAGUACGGCAGAUGCCAGGGUGCCAGCUCCUGUCAAGGUGGCAGGCAGCACCACCAACCUCAUGGUUGCUAGUCCUGUGGCUUGUCAGGCCCCUCUUGCAAACACUUGCGGAAGCAACUGGCUGGCAUUGCCAGGACUUGGACUGCAGGCUGCGACAACGGUCGGAUUGCCAAUUUGUCUCACUCCUGCACGCAAAUGA